UGCGGGGGGCCGGAGGCGGCGGCUGCCAGAGUCGGCUCAGCCUGCGCCGGGGAACAUCGGCCGCCUCCUGCUCCCGGCGCGGCCUGGCCCGGCUCGGCCGCCUCAGCAGACGACCGCCUGCCCUGGCAGCCAUGAGGCCCCCGUGGUGUCCCCUACACACGCCCUCCCUAGCUUCCCCACUCCUUUUCCUCCUCCUCUCUCUCCUGGGAGGAGGGGCCGGGGCUGAGGGCCGAGAGGACCCAGAACUGCUGGUAACUGUCCGUGGGGGCCGACUGCGGGGCAUCCGCCUAAAGGCCCCUGGGGGCCCCGUCUCUGCUUUCCUGGGCAUCCCCUUUGCCGAGCCACCUGUGGGGCCCCGCCGCUUUCUACCACCGGAGCCCAAGCGGCCCUGGACAGGGGUGCUGGACGCUACGACCUUCCAGAGUGUCUGCUACCAAUAUGUGGACACCCUGUACCCUGGAUUUGAGGGCUCCGAGAUGUGGAACCCCAACCGUGAGCUAAGCGAGGACUGCCUCUACCUCAACGUGUGGACACCAUACCCCAGGCCUGCAUCCCCCACCCCUGUCCUUGUCUGGAUCUAUGGUGGUGGCUUCUACAGUGGGGCUUCCUCCUUGGACGUGUAUGAUGGCCGCUUUCUGGCACAGGUUGAGGGGACUGUGCUGGUGUCCAUGAACUACCGAGUGGGAGCCUUUGGCUUCUUAGCUCUGCCAGGGAGCCGAGAGGCCCCAGGCAAUGUGGGUCUGCUGGAUCAGAGGCUAGCACUGCAGUGGGUGCAAGAGAAUGUGGCAGCCUUUGGGGGUGACCCAACGUCGGUGACUCUGUUUGGGGAGAGUGCAGGCGCCGCCUCAGUGGGCAUGCACCUGCUGUCCCCACCCAGCAGGAGCCUCUUCCAUAGGGCUGUGCUGCAGAGCGGUGCACCCAAUGGACCCUGGGCCACUGUGGGCAUGGGGGAGGCCCGCCGCAGGGCCACACUGCUGGCCCGCCUCGUCGGCUGUCCCCCGGGGGGUUCUGGUGGCAAUGACACAGAGCUAGUAGCCUGCCUGCGGACACGGCCAGCUCAAGACCUGGUAGACCACGAGUGGCACGUGCUGCCUCAGGAAAGUAUCUUCCGCUUUUCCUUCGUGCCUGUGGUGGACGGAGACUUCCUCGGUGACACGCCUGAGGCCCUCAUCAAUGCUGGAGAUUUCCACGGCCUGCAGGUGCUGGUGGGUGUGGUGAAGGAUGAGGGCUCCUAUUUUCUGGUUUAUGGGGCCCCAGGCUUCAGCAAAGACAACGAAUCUCUCAUCAGUCGGGCCCAGUUCCUGGCUGGGGUGCGGGUCGGGGUCCCCCAGGUGAGUGACCUGGCGGCCGAGGCUGUGGUCCUGCAUUACACAGACUGGCUGCACCCUGAGGACCCGGAGCGCCUGAGGGAUGCCAUGAGUGCCGUGGUGGGUGACCACAAUGUCGUGUGCCCUGCGGCUCAGCUAGCUGGGCGACUGGCAGCCCAGGGGGCCCGAGUCUAUGCCUACAUCUUUGAACACCGUGCCUCCACGCUCUCCUGGCCCCUCUGGAUGGGGGUGCCCCAUGGCUACGAGAUUGAGUUCAUCUUUGGGCUUCCCCUGGACCCCUCACUGAACUACACUGUCCAGGAAAGAAUCUUUGCCCAGCGGUUGAUGAGAUACUGGACCAACUUUGCCCGCACAGGGGACCCCAAUGACCCGCGCAACACCAAGGGCCCACAGUGGCCACCAUACACUGCAGGUGCGCAGCAGUACGUGAGCCUCAAUCUGCGGCCGCUGGAGGUGCGGCGGGGGCUGCGCGCCCAGGCCUGCGCCUUCUGGAACCGAUUUCUACCCAAAUUGCUCAGCGCCACCGACACGCUGGACGAAGCAGAGCGCCAGUGGAAGGCCGAGUUCCACCGCUGGAGCUCCUACAUGGUGCACUGGAAGAACCAGUUCGACCAUUACAGCAAGCAGGAUCGCUGCUCAGACCUGUGACUCCGGCGAGACCCCACGUCCCUCCGCCCCGCCCGGCCCCCUCGCUGUAUAUAUUAUUUAUUAAAUGGCUGGGAUAUAACAGACCAGCCCCAGACCCUGCCCACCCGACCCCGAAUCCCCCCGGGGUUCCCCCUCCUCUGCAUGUCUCGGGCCGAGCUCCCUCCCCCGCGGUGCCUUCGCCCCUCUGGGCUGCCAAUAAACUGUUACAGCCACC